AUGGAACUCAACCGAGAACAUUUUCGCGCCAUAAUUUAUUACAACUUUCAGAGACAAUUAUCGCAACAAGAAUGCCUAGCUGAGUUACUGUCUGUUUUCGGCGACGAAGCGCCACAUCAGACGAUAAUUUCCCGUGAAGAAAAGCCAACAAAAAUGGUCGCGACAUUUGUGUCAAAAGCGGGUCAUAUUGCAACAAUUCCUCUUAAUGAGCAAAGAACUGUUACUGCGGAUUGGUAUAUCACUAUUUGUUUGCCAAAAGUCAUCACCGAGCUUCGAAAAAUCAACCCCGAAAGAAGAAUCAUCCUCCACCAAGACAAAGCAAGCUCGCACACAGCCCAAAAAACAAGGCAGUAUUUAAAGGAAGAAAACGUGGAAUUAUUGGACCAUCUUCCAUAUAGCCCUAACGAUUUCUUUACUUUCCCGAAAAUUAAAAACAGACUGCGUGGUCAAAGGUUCCAGUCACCAGAAGAAGCAAUGUGUAUUAAUCUUCGUGGAGAAUACUUCGAAAAACAAUAA